AUGGGGUCGUUGUUUCGGAGUGAGGAAAUGACUUUGUGUCAACUUUUUCUUCAGAGUGAAGCAGCCUAUGCAUGCGUGUCUGAACUUGGAGAAUUGGGGCUCGUACAAUUUCGAGACUUAAACCCCGAUGUGAAUGCUUUCCAACGCAAGUUCGUCAAUGAAGUGCGCCGCUGCGAUGAAAUGGAACGUAAACUUCGGUAUCUCGAGAAAGAGAUCCGCCGUGAUGGCAUCCCGAUGCUGGAGAUACCAGGAGAAGUUCCAGAGGCGCCGCAACCCAGAGAGAUGAUUGAUUUGGAGGCAACUUUCGAAAAACUUGAAAAUGAGCUACGUGAAGUGAAUCAAAACGCGGAGGCGUUAAAGAGAAAUUACUUGGAGCUAACUGAGCUCAAGCACAUCUUAAGGAAGACGCAAGUAUUUUUUGAUGAGCACGAGGGUGGUGCCAAUACCACUGAGUCAAUGACACGCGCGCUGAUAUCCGACGAUCCGAACAGACAUAUGGGGCAGGUCCAACUAGGUUUUCGGGAUAAACAAGAAUCCUUGGAAUUCCUGCCUUGUUUCGUUGCGGGUGUAAUUCUCCGUGAGCGUAUCCCGGCCUUUGAGAGGAUGCUAUGGCGCGCCUGUAGAGGAAAUGUGUUCCUCAGACAGGCUGAAAUCGACACCCCGCUAGAAGAUCCUUCAUCCUCGGACCAAGUCUACAAGUCGGUGUUCAUCAUCUUCUUCCAAGGUGACCAGCUGAAGACUCGUGUGAAGAAGAUAUGCGAGGGUUUCCGCGCUACACUCUAUCCGUGCCCCGAAGCACCAGCAGACAGACGGGAGAUGGCUAUGGGUGUGAUGACCAGGAUAGAAGAUUUAAAUACGGUCCUCGGUCAAACCCAAGACCACCGUCACAGGGUCCUAGUAGCAGCGGCCAAGAACAUAAAGAAUUGGUUCGUCAAAGUGCGCAAGAUAAAGGCCAUAUACCACACUUUGAAUUUAUUCAACUUGGACGUUACGCAGAAGUGCUUGAUCGCUGAAUGUUGGGUGCCGGCUUUGGACAUGGAAACUAUACAGCUAGCGUUGAGGAGAGGCACGGAAAGAAGUGGUAGCUCUGUGCCGCCCAUCCUCAACCGCAUGGAGACGUUGGAGGACCCGCCCACAUACAACCGCACCAACAAGUUCACCAACGCAUUCCAGAACCUCAUAUACGCGUACGGUGUCGCCACCUACCGGGAGGUUAACCCGGCGCCGUACACAAUAAUCACGUUCCCGUUCCUGUUCGCGGUGAUGUUCGGCGACCUCGGGCACGGCGCGCUCAUGGCCGCCUUCGGCUUCUGGAUGUGCUACAAGGAGAAGCCGCUGCAGGCCAAGAAGAUCGACAGCGAGAUCUGGAACAUAUUCUUCGGUGGUCGCUACAUAAUCCUGCUGAUGGGCCUGUUCUCAAUGUACACCGGCAUCAUAUACAACGACAUCUUCUCCAAGUCUCUGAACAUCUUUGGCUCCUCGUGGAACCACAGCUACAACCAGUCCACCCUGAUGGAUAACAAGGACCUGCAGCUCAACCCCGACUCCACUGACUACUCCGGGCAGCCGUACCCAUUCGGUAUUGAUCCUGUGUGGCAGUUGGCUGAAGGUAACAAGAUUAUUUUCAUGAACGCGUACAAAAUGAAGAUUUCCAUCAUCAUCGGUGUAUUCCACAUGUUGUUCGGUGUCUGUAUGUCGCUGUGGAACCAUUUAUACUUCAAGCGUCGCAUCAGUAUCUACGUGGAGUUCAUCCCGCAGAUAAUGUUCCUGAUGCUGCUGUUCUUCUACAUGGUGCUGCUCAUGUUCAUCAAGUGGACCAGCUACGGGCCCACGCCGCCCCACUACGGGGACGAAAUCUGUCAAGAAAGAGUAGAAAAUAAUGGGGGCGCCACCAUCGGACGUUGGCCACACCAUUUCCGGUAUACUAUAAAAGAUUUUGAUACUUUAAUUAUAUGCAGUUUUGAAAAUGCACUUUACCUAGGCAAUACCAUACCAAAAUUCAUUUCAUCAAUUGUAGUUGCGAUUUUAUUCGCUAAAAGGGUAUUCUACUCCCUCGACUCCCAUGUUUUCAUGGCUACAGCCGGCGGCCUCAAAAUCAGUUCCUUCAUU